AUGUCGCAUCUGUCGACCAUCGCCAUUGCAGCGAGCCCUGCAUUGCAUGUUUCGUAUCACGAUAUGGACUCGAGAUCCGGCGGGGUUGCAACGGACGGCGCCAAAGAGGCGACCGAGGCGAUGUCCCAGCCGACUAAUUUGUCUCGCUGUCCGUGUGAGUCGUCCAUAGCACCUGCUUCAUCUGGCUGGAAGGGCGACGUCCGCCCGUAUCUGCGCGACUGCAUUGGCCUGCGCGUCGAAAACGUUCCCAGCCGGUUUGGCCGCGUAUGGUCAUUGGCUUCGACGCGCGGGCGCCUCCGCGUCGAAGAAGUCUAA